GUACAUAGAGUGUCCUGCCUUGGCUCAGAGCUGAUUCUCUCUUGCUUGCAAAACACUGAACAUGAAGCUGUUGUCGAUGGUUCUGGCCCUGUUUGUGGCCCUUGCAGGAUUGAUGACCCUGACCAGUGCCAUGCCUGAGGCUGUCCCUAACCCCGUGGCUGACCCAGAUCCCUUCAAAUUCAAGGGCGGCGGUGGAUUUUACAAAGGAGGGUAUGGAGGCUACAGGAGGUUUGGCUACGGAGGCUUCAGGCGGGGCUACGGAGGCUACGGAGGUUUCGGCAAGAAGCAUUUCGGCUAAAGCCUCUGUUGUCUCGGUUGCCUCAUAAUCGGGCUUUCCCUGCAGAAGACACUAAAAACUGAAAUUCAUAUCGACUGUGUCUUUGAUCCGGAAAAUAAAUCAUACAAACUGAUGGGUGAAAUCAAUAUUCUUUAAGUUAGACCACCGUAGAAAAUUUGGUGGCUACGAAGGUUUCGGCAAGAAUUUCAGGUAAAGCUUCUGUCUCGGUUGCCUGGUAAUCGGCCUUUCUCCUGCAGACA